CACACCCUAAAUGAGACGAUCAACCACAAGGCAAAACACGUUUGUGUUUAUUUAUUUAUGAAUGACAGUAAAAUUAAGAAGAGAGUGUAUGACUAUCGCGUUUCAACGAGGAUAAAGGUCGGAUGUAGGGACGUCAUUGCUCAACAAAGGCAGAGCCUCAGCGGAAGGAAAAGAGCCACCGUCGGUAACUGAUCUCGCCCUCGAAGUUCUGCUACUGUAACCCCACAAAGAAGUACCACCUCCGGUGAAGAAACCCGGCUCGGAAGGCAACGGCAGGGUCAUGUAAUGGCUACUCAGCAUCAGAGCAACCGCGGCCAUUGUCGGCCUCUCGUCGGCGUUCGGUCACGGCACUACAGAACUCGCCAAACGAUAAUAUCAAUCCAAAGCUUGCUUGCAUUUACAAAGAUCUCUCUGCAAGCCGAGAAUUGGUUGGACCGCCGUUAAACUCCAGGUCGCAAGUGGGUUCUGUUCUGUUCAGUCCUGCGGCGGCGGCGUCGCGUGGAACCGUAAGCCUCGCAUCUCUGAAACAAAGCUUUUGAGAUGUGUUUGUCUAGGUAGUUUUAUUUAAAGGGGCACCACCUUUCUUCCUCCGUCCAACUUUGUGGUUCCUAUUUUGUUUCGGUCUUGGAAAUCAUCAUCGACCUGAAUUCAGUCAAUUAUAAAUAGGAGACGAGACAAGACCGGCGAUAGAGUAUCAGAGAUAAGGUGUUACAGAAAGUUGUAGUCUUCGAAGAAAGACACAGACCACCAUCUCAUCUGCAAUACGUAUAAUGUGUACCAGUGAGAUCAUCCCCGCAGAACCAGAUUGGUCAGCUUUGCCAGAUGAGAUAUUGGGUAUGAUUGCUCAUCGUCUUAUCAAGCUGAAGGAUGUAAUCCAAUUCGGAGCUUCUUGUAAGCCGUGGAGACGAGCGGUGCCAGCCAAGUUUAGGCAGUCCAUCCCUUGGUUGAUGCUUCCCUAUUGCCGCAGUGGCAACUACUGUAGUAGUAGUAGUAAUUCUGCUACCAUGCUUGGCUGUAAAGGUACACAUACCUGUAGGUGUUUUUACGAUCUCAUGGAGCAACAAUUUCAUCAUAUAGAGUUACCCACAAGGUUUGAACAAAACUUGUCGUGGUUCUGCCUUCGGGUGGAUGUUCAUGAUGGAUAGAACACCAUCAUUGUUCUUACUCAACCCUCUUACUAGGUCUACCAUCCCUCUGCCCCCAAUCACCAGUUUUCCUGAUGUGUUGGGAUUCUUCCCGGACAAAGUCGGCAAAGAAUAUUUGUAUUUAGAUAUGGAUUGCGGAUAGCUAAGGGGAAAAAGGAAGUUGAGCAUAACUACAUUCAUAGGGUUGCCCUUUCAGCCGAGCCCACCUCUGAGGAAUGUGUCCUCAUGGUCAUUCGCUCCCCUACCGAUCGCACCCUAGCAUUUUGCAGGCCUACUACUGCUACCAUCGACAACCGAAAAUGGACAUUAGUUCCUAAUGACAGUGGAAGUGAUGGGGAUUUACCCAAACUGAUUUGCUUUGAGGAUGUUGUGUAUUGGAGGGGUCAAUUUUAUGCCCUUGUCAAUGGCGGGAGAGUUUUUGUUUGUGAUUUUUCUUCCCCGAAUUGUCCAAGAUUGUCGUUGUUUCUUGACGCGCAUCGCUCCUGUCGGAUUAAGUCUAUCAACUACUAUUUACUAAUCAUUCCAACAGAUGAGUUGAUGAUGGUGACUAGGAAUGUAAGCUAUUAUGGCGACAGUCGAAAUCGUGAUGAUGGUAGCAUUCAUCACAAUUGGGAUGAUGGUGAUGAGGACUUUAGCGAUGAUACUGAGUGGACAGAUGAUGAUGGUGACGAUAGUGAUGAGGACAAUGACCUUCCUCCAGCGGAUGAGUCCGACCGUGAAGUUGACCAUUAUGGUAUGGAUAGCGAGUCAGAUGACAAUGAUAAUGACGGCCACCCCAUUAGAGAGAUUCAGUUGUUGACCGAUGAUUUCAGAGUUUUCAAGAUGAGGGGGGGAUAGAAAAGGGUGGGAUGAGGUCGAAAGUAUUGGUGAUUUUGCUCUUUUCUUGGGUUACAGCUCUGCUACUUGCAUCUCCACCAGAGACCACCCGGAAUUGGCUCCCAAUUCCAUUUAUUUCACAGAUGAUAUGACUGAAAAGCAUUGUAAGCGGAGGCUUGCGGGUGCCGACAUGGGUGUUUACGACCUCGCCACUCGGACUUUUACACCAUUCUAUUGUACAACCUCAGUUCAUAAUAACCCUUCAUUUAUCUGGCCACUGCCUGUAUGGGUCUUACCAUCCAACUUUUAGACCUCUGGGAGCUGUAUGUCUAGACAUACCUUUGUAUCUUUUGCUUGAAUUUACUGUGUUUGGUACAGCAUGCAUAAAUAUCCAUCCCGCGAACUCACUUGAAGAUGUUAUUGUGUAGUAAACAGUUGCAUCAAAGAGAUUUUUUUUUGUUGAAAAAUCAGGAUUAAAGCAGUUGAGGAAGGCUGUGGCUUUCUGCAAUUGUCAAGAGGAUUUGCUAAUGGAAGGGUUUUGUUCUGAACUUGAGGACUAGUUGAAGUUCGGUUUCAGGUGAAUGAGAGAGACUUGGUUUAGCGUUGAAUUCUGUGAAUGUGUAAUGGGGCAAGUGUUAACCAUACAGCCUUUCGCUUAUAAUGAAUAUGGGUUACACAAGUGGAUAAAAAUGAUGUAAUAUCUAAGAUGAUUCUAUCAGUGGGUUAUCCACUGCUUCAUUUCAGGGAAAGCAACUACAAGUGAUUUCCCAAAAGAGAGUCAAAUUUUGGUUUGCAUGAUUAGUUCAAACACACUACUUAGUGCUGUCACUACUACUUACCUUACUUUAUCCAUUGCCUACUCUUCCCUGCUUCAAUUAAUAGGUUUUCAUUUAGAGAACUCAAUUACAUUUUCUGCCUUAGCCAAAUGCUCUUUUGUUCAUGUUCUUAAAGUCUGUUUCUUUAUGCGGUCUAAUGCCAUUUAUGUCUGUAAUAAUUGAAGUGAUUGUGUGUGCAACAACUAAGAAUGAUGUAGUUACUAUAGUGUUGGGCAGACCUUUUAUAGGGUUGAUUAUCUAGGUUUCGUUUGAGAAGAACAAACUAAAUAUAUGAAUGGAUUUGAUGACUGGAAAUAUUUUCACAUUUUGUGCAGUGCGCUAAAUUGGUUAGUGCUUUUAAGUAGAUUACCUUGUUGUAAUUUCGGAAUUCAGUUUGUUUACACAAGUUUAACUGCAGAUUGUGCAUAUGCACUUUGGAUAACUACGAGACUGUCCCAAUUCCAAAACCCGUUUCUUGCUUUUGUUCCUUUCAGUUUCUCGGUGCUCAUGUCACAUUUCUCAUAUAUCUUUCCUGCUUUCUAUGAGGUUAGUGCUUUCAAGUAGAUCACCUCGUUUUAUUUUUGGAAUUCAGUUGUUAACUCGAUUUUUAACUGCAGAUUGUGCAUUUCACUUUUGAUCACUACGAGCCUGAGUUUCUUAUUUAAAAUGACGGCGAGAGAGGUUAGCAGUCCAUUGUUCUAGGAUUUGGGAUGGCCAAUUUAGGUCCUUCAUUGGAUAGGAUUGCAGCAAGUUUGAGGCGUGUUAUGGUGCUUUGUGAUUGGCAAGAUCUGUCUUGGUUCCCAGUGAUUCCCGUUAUCUGCGUGUUUAACUCAUAUGACCAGGUCACUCAAAGUGAAGAUGCUAAGUCUGACCGAGUGAAUCGCAAGAAAUGAUUAUAACUCUGACUGAGAAAUUCCCCAGCUAUCUGAGCGCAUAAGCUUUCCACAACCCGAGUUUAGUAUUAUAUCUAUAGGUAGAAGAAGCUGAAUAAAAUAAAUUUAAUCCA